GCGGAGAUAUUCAGUAUAUAUUUACCUCUUUUGUUCGUCUUUUAGUUUACAAUAGGAUGGCGUCUGGUAUGAAUGCACAAUUUAACCAAAUAGGUCUCCAAUUCACUGAGAUGUACUAUCGUCUUAUGGAAUCUGACAGGAAGGGUCUAGCUCAAUUCUAUACUGAUGAUAGUAUGAUGACUUUUGAGAACAAUAGUUACAAAGGUCAGGCCCAAAUAAUGGAAAAGUUACUCUCAAACCCAGCUUCUAAAUAUUCCAUUUUGACCUGCGAUUGUCAACCAGCUCCAAACAAUGGCGUGGUAGCUUUUAUAAUGGGUGAUUUGAGCGUUGAAAAUAAUCCUCCCAUGAAAUUCGCACAUGUUGUUCAGUUAUUUCCAAAUGGAAACAGCUAUUUUGUGCUAAACGAUAUAUUCCGGUUAUGUAUUGGAUAAUGGAAAUCAACGUUCGUUAUUUUGGGCCUUUAUCAUCUCGUAGAUGGUUUGAAUUAACUUUAACUAACACUUAAACAUUUUCACUACUUGCGUGUGUAACAGGAGGAUUUGAAAUUUAACGAGGGUGGGGAGUUGUCGCUACACAUUCUAAGAUAAUUCUCCAUAUCAUUU